CCCCUGGACCGUCCCUCUCUCUAACCGACUGGUAACUAGCAGAGAGACGUUCUCUAGACAGACGAAGCUGAGACGCAGGCGGUACCGGACUGUGUCGUGUAGACGCGCACACGCGCCGCUGUUCGCUGUUGCGCGCUGCAGAGCGCGGUCAGGGUGCGCGGUCAUACGAAGCGUUACGGUGUUGUCCGCCAGUGGCUGUUCAGACACGAGCUGAAACGAACGGUGGUCACUCAUGGAGACCAUACUGAGCUGCAAACCAGAGGAUCUGGAAGAUUACUACGCGCUGCUUGGGUGCGACGAGCUGUCAACGACUGAGCAAAUUGUCAGCGAGUUUAAAGUAAGAGCCCUGGCCUGCCACCCCGAUAAAAACCCAGGAAACCCACAUGCAGUGGAGGAGUUUCAAAAGUUACAAGAGGCCAAAGAUGUUCUUACAGAUGAGACCAAAAGAAAAAGUUAUGAUUUCUGGUUGAGGAGCAGGAUCACUGUGCCGUUCAGCGAGUGGCAGGCCCUGCGGGACUCUGUUAAAUCUUCAAUGCACUGGGCUGUUCGGACCAAGAAGGAACCAAUGCUGGAUGCAGCAAAACAAUCUGCAGUCAGCACUGAACACCAGGCCAGUCAGUCAGACAGUCGAGGCUCACUGGAGGGAAAACCACCGGAUGAACGACUUUGUUCAGGUGAUCACUGGCAUCACAGAUUUCGCUGGACAGGUGAAGCUCCUUCAAGCCUUUUGCAGAAGUUCAGAAAUUAUGAAAUAUGAAUGCUUUAUACCUUUUUGUGCUCCAUGCUUUCCAUGCUUCAGUUUGUGGCUAUGGUACAUAUCUUACAGAAUGAAGUAUUUGUGUAUUAAAACUGCCUUCGGUAAGUCUUAAA